GAUGACAUCACGGCUUUAAAUAAUCCCGUUCCCUCUUCCCACCCGUCCUCAUCAUCACUACAUACCCAGGAGGAAGAGCCUCACGGUCUUAACAAUGUUGUAAUAGCUUAGCGUUAUUCACUAGCACCGGUCAAACAGCUGUAUCUGGCAGACACCGCCGCCCUCCCUGUCCGCUCUGCUAACCAGACUUUUGUGCUCCCUGCACCGGGUCCUCCUCGGGGUGACAAAGCGCCUGCUGGGCUUCAGUACGGGGGAGAGAAAAAAAAAGAGUGGUGGAGAAGAGGACCGAGCUAAGUCGGGCGUGGUAGCAGGAGGGAAAAAAACCCAACAACUCCCAUUUGAUAGCAAAAGUUAAAUAGUAGUACCCGCAAUGUCGCUGUCGGUACCGCAGAACGGAGUAAAGGCGGAUAACGAGCCCGUUAUCGAGCUGUUUGUGAAGGCGGGAAGUGAUGGAGAGAGCAUCGGGAACUGCCCCUUCUCCCAGAGGCUCUUCAUGAUCCUGUGGCUCAAAGGAGUCGUCUUCAACGUCACCACGGUGGAUCUCAAGAGGAAGCCUGCAGACCUCCAGAACCUGGCCCCAGGCACACACCCGCCCUUCAUCACCUUUAAUGGCGAGGUCAAAACUGACGUCAACAAGAUUGAGGAGUUCCUUGAGGAUAUCCUCUGCCCACCAAAGUACAUCAAGCUUGGUGCCAGACACCCAGAGUCCAACACAGCUGGUAUGGAUAUCUUCGCCAAGUUUUCCGCAUUCAUUAAGAACUCAAAACCAGAUGCAAAUGAAGCUCUAGAGCGUGGGCUUCUGAAGACACUGCAGAAGCUGGAUGAGUAUCUUCGCUCACCCCUGCCUGAUGAGAUCGACCACAACAGCAUCGAGGACGUCAAGGUCUCCAACCGCAACUUCCUGGAUGGUGAUGAAAUGACCCUUGCUGACUGUAACCUGCUGCCCAAGCUGCAUAUAGUCAAGGUGGUAGCCAAGAAGUACCGAGGCUUUGACAUCCCCAAGGAGAUGGCCGCCAUCUGGAAGUACCUGAACAACGCCUACACGCGCGAAGAGUUCACCAACACCUGCCCCAGUGACAAGGAGAUCGAGAUAGCCUAUGGAGAUGUAGCCAAGAGGCUGGUCAAAUAAGCUUGUCUGUCCUCCAUCCCUCACACUGUAACCCCCACCACCCCCACCAACACCACCAACACCACCACCACCACGGCGGCCACCCCCCGUCCCAGUACUGGGACUGAUGUGCUCAUUCAUGAGAAAGAAAAAACUCUGGACUUCUUUUCCUUCUCUCCUCAUCUAGAGCCAAUGCAUGAACCCUUCUCGAUCAACCCCCCCACCCCACCCCCCACCCUCCUGUUCUCCGGUUUUUAUGAAGACCUCUUUAGUUGAUGCAGCAAAUGGUCACCAUUGUACCACCUUUCAUCAUUAAUUGCUUUUUGCUUUACAUGAUGCUGAUGAAUGUUGUGUGGCGGCGAGGCGUUGGAGAAGCAGCCAGACAUGAGUAUCAGUGCUUAUCAAUGUUGGGAGCUUCGUCAAACAGCGCUCCCUGAUAAGUGACCUUCAAGCUGACCUUCUCUCAGGUCACAUGCUCUUGUUAAUUUUCUGUUGUCUGAUUUAGUGAUGAAGUCGCUCUUUGUAGGGUUGCUAUAGAUGAAGAGCAACCCUAGACGAGAAGCAGUUUUGUUUUGUUUUUUUUGUCCCUGUCGUCUUUUGGCUUAUUAAGAGGUAAACAGUGUUGAAGUUUCAGUGGCUCAAGUAUUUGACAGCUUUAAGUAGAAUCUGAAGCUAAUCCAAACCCGACUGGUCGACAUAUCAGCUUAAAGAUGCUUUAUUUUAAUGUCGAGGUUUUUUUUUUUGUUUGUUUUUUUUGUUUUUUUAAUAAAUAAAUCAAAAUAAUUUUGCAGGUAAAGCUACCUGGUAUCCAUGCUCUGAUUUCCUCAUUGCCUCAAAAGGGCAAACGUCUUGUAGCUCAGCUCAGUAGAAUUGUAGGGGAUUUCCUGUAUCGGCUGCAGAAUUGAUAACUCAGGAAAAAAUUUAACCUGAGGUCUAAAGAAAGUUUCAACAAUAUGUAGCUUGCAGAUGCUUAAAGAUGUAUAGACCGGCCUUUUGUUUAUCACCACAUUGCCAUAUAAAGUGUCAAUAUAAACACUGAGCAGCACAUACAAGCUCGCAGACUCUUUCUCUUCUCAUGAAGCAUGAAGGAAAGUCUUCACUGUGGUCGUGCUGGCUGUAGCGCUAGUUCGGAUUACACGUGGCGGACCAAAAACGGGCACAUGAUUCUGAUCUCACUGUGGAUAGGAUGACUCCAGCUAUGUAAACUAGUGAAGUCAAAGAAAAAGAAAGAAACCACACACUCAGCGUUUCCUUCUCCAUAGCUUACUCAAACGAAGGACACUAAUGUGCAGUCAGGCGAUACUAAAGAUAUUUAUGACAUAACCAUCCGAGGAGAGUAGCAGUAAAAGAAUACCUGGUCGAAUUUACUUUCUCUUCAGUACGUAGAUCGAUCUCUAAAGUAGUGAAUGUAUGUUACGAUACAGUAGCUCCAAAGUGCUUUAGUGCAGAUAAAGCAAAACUAGUUUUUGUUUUCUCCUGUUCGCCAUGUUUCUCAUGUUUAUUUUGUUAUGUAACAAAUUUUGAUUUAAAAGGAAAAAAGGAAUUGUAAAUAUUUGUUUUGAUUGCUCAGAUUUGAUUUCAAGUGUAAAUUGCAUACGUUUCAUCUGAAUUUUGAGGAAAAUGGGUCCGUUUAUCGCCUGCUGGAUUCUAAUGUUAGAUAAACCAUCUCCUCUUUGCCUUACUUCUUUUCUCUCUGCAGAUGUUUUGCAGGAAGGUUUUUCACAGGUCAUUUCAUUACAACAUGAGUGUGACGUUGUACAAAGAAAAUAGAAAGUAUCCAAGCUUUGUCAUGGCUUUCUUUCUUUCUUUCUUCUUCUUUUUUUUUUUUUUUUAACAAUAUUGAUUGAAUUGAAAUAAAAUUCUUAUUGGCACUCCGA